AUGUAUUUUGGAUUGACCCCCAAUGAUGUCCGAAAGUUAGCAUUUCAAUAUGCAGUAAAAUUAAAUUUGAAAAUUCUACCUUAUCAGACUGAGAAUAAUUGUGCUAGUAUCGAUUGGUUUAGUAAUUUUUUCAAGCGUAAUCCUACUUUGUCCAUUCGUAAACUAAAGGCAACGAGUUUGUCUAGAGCCAUGAACUUUAAUCCGGUCAACGUCAAAUUGUUUAUGGACAAAUAUGAAUCAGUUCUAACUAAAUACAAAUUUGAAGCUCGCCAAGUUUACAGUAUAGAUGAGACUGGUAUUACCACUGUUCAAAAUUUAGGAAAAAUAGUGGCACAACGAGGUAAGCAACAAGUUGGUGCAAUAACGUCAGCUGAACGUGGGACGUUAGUUACUAUGUGCUUGGCAGUAAAUGCGGUUGGUAAUUUUAUACCGCUUAUGUUUAUUUUCCCAAGGGUAAACUAUAAGGACCAUUUUAUAAGAGGUAGAUCUCCAAGUUGUGUAGGAACCUCAAAUAAAUCUGGCUGGAUGCAAGGUUCAGAGUUUUUAAAUUUUAUUGAACAUUUCACAAAUCAUGUACGCCCUACAAUUAAAAAAAAAAAGUCCUGA